GUGCCUCCCACAGCAACCCCCCCAGUCGUGGCCGGCCCAUCGCAAAGCCGUGAGAACAACAGGCCCAGCAGCUCGAGUGGCGCGUCAGUACGCGCUCGCAGGGCUUGCGCCGUUGUUGUGCCCGCGUGACGGUGAAGGCGAGGAGCGAGCGAGGCGAGCGAGGCGUACACCGCGGGGGGAGGGAAGGUGGCCACGGACCGAGGGACCGAACCGUCAACUUGCACCCAGGAGGGCAGCAGUGCCGGUGGGGCGAGUGUUGCGGCGAGCGGCGCCAUGUCGGAGUUCGACUUUGACAGCGAGGAGAUCCAACAGCAGUAUGAGUACGUCAACAGCCGCUGGGACUUCCCCGAGGAGGAGGACCCCGAGGACGAGAACAACCCCGCUCGCCUCUUCGAGCGGUCGCGCAUCAAGGCCCUGGCAGACGAGCGCGAGGAGGUGCAGAAGAAGACCUUCACCAAGUGGGUGAACUCGCACCUAUCGCGCGUCUCCUGCCGCAUCAGCGACCUCUACGCCGACCUGCGCGACGGGCGAAUGCUCAUCAAGCUGCUCGAGGUCCUCUCCGGCGAGCGCCUGCCGAAGCCCACGAAGGGCAAGAUGCGGAUCCACUGCCUGGAGAACGUGGAGAAGGCCCUGCAGUUCCUCAAGGAGCAGCGCGUCCACCUCGAGAACAUGGGCUCCCACGACAUUGUCGACGGCAACCACCGCCUCACGCUCGGCCUCAUCUGGACCAUCAUCCUCCGCUUCCAGAUCCAGGACAUCAGCGUGGAAACGGAGGACAGCCGGGAGGUGAAGUCGGCCAAGGACGCCCUGCUGCUGUGGUGCCAGAUGAAGACGGCAGGAUACCCGAACGUCCGCGUCCACAACUUCACCACGAGCUGGAGAGACGGCCUCGCGUUCAACGCCCUGAUUCACAAGCACAGGCCGGACCUCAUCGACUUUGAUGCCCUGGACCCCGCGGACCCCUACGGCAACAUGCAGACGGCCUUCAACGUGGCCGAGCAGAAGCUGGGGCUGACGCAGCUGCUGGACGCAGAGGACAUUGCGGUGGAGCACCCGGACGAGAAGUCGGUCAUCACCUACGUGGUCACCUACUACCACUACUUCUCCAAGAUGAAGGCGCUGGCCGUGGAGGGCAAGCGCAUUGGGAAGGUGCUGGAGAGCGCCAUGGAGACCGACCAGAUGAUCGAGAAGUACGACAGCCUGGCCUCGGAUCUCCUCGACUGGAUCGAGCAGACCAUCGCCAUCCUCAACAACCGCACCUUCGCCAACUCGCUGACGGGCGUGCAGCAGCAGCUGCAGGCGUUCAGCUCCUACCGCACCGUGGAGAAGCCGGCCAAGUUUACAGAGAAGGGAAACCUGGAAGUGCUGCUGUUCACCAUCCAGAGCAGGAUGCGUGCCAACAACCAGAAGGUUUUCCUGCCGGGAGAGGGCAAGCUCAUCUCCGAGAUCAACAAGGCGUGGGAGCGGCUGGAGAAGGCGGAACACGAGCGCGAGCUGGCGCUGCGGGAGGAGCUCAUCCGCCAGGAGAAGCUGGAGCAGCUGGCGCGCCGCUUCGACCGCAAGGCGGCGAUGCGCGAGAGCUGGCUCACUGAAAACCAGUGUCUUGUGCUGCAGGACAACUUUGGGAGCGACCUGGCGGCCGUGGAGGCGGCGACCAAGAAGCACGAGGCGAUCGAGACCGACAUGGCUGCCUACGAGGAGCGCGUGCACGCCGUGCUGCACGUGGCCCAGGAGCUGCAGGCCGAGAACUAUCACGACGUGGCGCGCGUGGCGGCCCGUCGGGACAACGUCCUGCGGCUGUGGCGCUACCUGCAGGAGCUGCUGUGCGGGCGGCGUGCCCGCCUCGAGGCCAACCUGGCCCUGCAGAGAACGCUGCACGAGAUGCUGCACCUGCUGCACAGCAUGGAGGAGCUCAAGGGGCGCCUGCUGUCGCAGGACUUUGGGAAGCACCUGCUGGGCGUGGACGACCUCCUGCAGAAGCACGCGCUGCUGGAGGCCGACGCGGCCGUCCUGGCCACGCGGGUCCACAACGUCACGGCCGCCGCUCGCAAGUUUGCCGAGAACAGCGACGGUUACCAGGCGUGCGACCCGCAGGUGGUGAGCGCGCGGGUGGCCAUGUUGGAGGGCUGCCUGGACGAGCUGCUGCGGCUGGCGGCCGAGCGGCGCGCCGGCCUGCUCGAGUCGCGCCGCCUCUGGAAGCUCGUCGGCGAAAUCUCCGAGGAGGAGGCGUGGAUCCGGGAGAAGGAGCGCAUCUUGUCGUCGGACGACUUUGGCCGCGACCUCACCAGCAUCGUCCGCCUGCUGAGCAAGCACCGCGCCCUCGAGGACGAGCUGCAGCACCGCGAGCAGCGCGUGCGGCAGGCCGUCGCCGACGGCCAGGGCAUGGUCGAGCAGAGGCACUUCGCCGCGGACAAGAUCGCCGAGAGAGCCGGCAACCUCCUGUCGCUCUGGUCCCAGCUGGGGCGGGCGGCCGCCCUACGCAAGCUGCGCCUGGAGCAGGCCGCGAGCCUCUUCCAGUUCCUGGCCGACGCGGACGACGCGGACGCGUGGACCAUGGAUCACUUCCGCCUCGUCUCCAGCAGCGACAUCGGCCACGACGAGUUCUCCACGCAGGCCCUGGCCAAGAAGCACCGGGACAUCGUCGAGGAGAUCGGCAACUACGCGUCCGCGAUCCAGGGCCUGCAGGAACAGGCCGACGCUCUGCCCGACGAGGUGGCCCGCUGCGGCGGGGUGAGCGAAAGGAUGAGCAAUACCAAGCAGCAGUAUGGCGACCUGCUGCAGCUCGCUGCCCAGCGCAAGCAGCAGCUGGACGACGCCCUCGCGCUGUUCAAGCUCUUCAGCGAGGCGGACGCGUGCGAGCUGUGGAUCGACGAAAAGCAGAAGUGGCUCGACCAGCUGGAGAUACCGGACAAGCUGGAGGACCUCGAGGUCGUUCAGCACAGAUUUGAGGGCCUUGAGCCUGAGAUGAGUGCCCAGGAUUCUCGGAUCGGGGUGGUGAACGGAGUGGCCGAGCAUCUGAUCAGGGACGGACAUCCGAGCGAGACGGCGAUCCACGCUAAGAGAGACAACCUCAACAGCAGGUGGGAUGUCUUCCGAAAGCACGUGGCCCAGAAGAAGGAGGCCCUCCUGUCGGCCCUGAGCAUACAGAACUACCACCUGGAGUGCCGAGAAACCAACUCGUGGAUCCAAGACAAGAUCAAGCUGGUCGCGUCGACGCAGGACCUCGGCAACGACCUGGCGGGAGUGAUGGCGUUGCAGCGGAAGCUGUUCGGCAUCGAACGCGACCUGGCCGCCAUCGGGGGCAAGCUGCAGGAGCUGCGCGGGGAAGCCGGGGCGCUCGCCUCGCGGCACCCCGAGCAGGCGCCGGGCAUCCUCGGCCAGCUGGAGGCGGUGGACGGGGUGUGGGGCGACCUCGCGGGGACGCUGCAGCGUCGCGAAGAGUCGCUCGGCGAAGCUCGCAAGCUGCAGAACUUCCUGCGCGACGUCGACUCCUUCCAGGGCUGGCUGUCCGGCGCCCAGAUGGCCGUGGCCUCGGAGGAGCUGCCCAGCAGCCUGCCCGCCGCCGAGACCCUGCUGGUGCAGCACGGGGCCAUUAAAACCGACAUCGACAACCACCAGGACGACUACCAGAAGAUCCGCGGCGUCGGCGAUGACGUGACCCGAGGGGAAACGGACGCGCAGCACGUGUUCCUCCAGCAGCGGCUGCAGGCUCUGGACGGCGGGUGGAAGGAUUUGCACCGCAUGUGGGACAAUCGGCGCGACGUCCUCGCCCAGGCGCACGGCUACCAAACCUUCCUGCGAGACGCCAGCCAGGCCGACAGCUUCCUCACCAACCAGGAGUACGUGUUGUCUCACACGGAGAAGCCGGCUUCCCUGGAAGGCGCCGAGGCGGCGAUCCGCAAGCACGAGGACUUCCUCUCGUCGAUGGAGGCCAACCGCGACCGGAUAAACGGUGUCGUCGCAUCCGGAAAAAAUCUGGUCAUGGCAGGAAAUGCACACACGGACAAGAUCCAGGAGCGCGUGGACAACAUCACGGACCGGCACGCGAAGAACCAGGACACUGCCAGGGAACUUCAGUUCCUCCUCAAGGACAACAGGGACCUGCAGAAGUUCUUGCAAGACUGCCAGGAGCUGAGGCUGUGGAUCAGCGAGAAGAUGGUGACCGCGAGCGACGCGUCGCCCUGCGGCGAGGCGCGAGGCCUGCACAGCAAGUGGCUCAAGCACCAGGCCUUCAUGGCGGAGCUCGCUUCCAACCAGGAGUGGCUGCACAACGUCAAAGAGGCCGGCGCCGUGCUGGUGCAGCAGCAGCCCGGCGCGGCCCCCCUGGUGCAGGAGAAGCUGGGAGAGCUGCAGGCGCUAUGGCGCCAGCUCGAGAGCUGCACGCAGCACAAGGCCGAGGAGCUGUUCGACGCGAACCGCACGGAGCUGCUCGCGCAGAGCUGCUCGACGCUCAACAACUGGCUGGGGGACGUGGAGAACCAGCUGCAGUCGGACGACUACGGGCAGGACCUCACCAGCGUCAACAUCCUCCUCAACAAGCAACAGCUGCUGGAGAAGCAGGUGGAGGUGCGUGCCAAGGAGGCGGAGGAUCUGUCCGGCCAGGCCGAAGCGUUGCAACGCGAGGGCAAGGGCGGCCCCGAGGUGGCCGGCCAGCGGCACGCGCUGGAGCGGCGGGUGCACCACGUGGCCGGGCCGCUGGCGCAGCGGCGGGAGCGGCUGCUCGCCUCCAAGGAGGGCUUUCAGUUCAACAGAGACCUGGAGGACGAGAUGCUCUGGGUCGAGGAGCGGAUGCCACUCGCGACGUCUUCCGACCACGGGAAUAACCUGCAAACGACGCAGCUCCUCAUCAAGAAGAACGAGACCCUGCAGAAGGAGACGGAGGGCCACCGUCCGCGCAUGGAGGAGGUGUACCAGCGGGGGAAGGCGCUGCUGGCCCGCGGGGUGGUGCCGCCCAGCGGCGGCGACCGCCUGGAGGGGUUGAAGGCGACGUGGACCCGCCUCGGGCAAGAGGUGGACAAGCGGCGGGGACGGCUGGAGGCGGCGCUGCGGGCUUACCAGUUCUACUGCGACGCGGCCCAGGCCGAGGCCUGGAUGGACGAGCAGGAGCUGCACAUGAUCACCCAGGAGAAGGCCAAGGACGAGGCAAGCGCAACGGCGCAGCUCGCGCGCUGCGACCAGCUGGAGCGCGCCGUGCUGGACUACGGCGACGCGGUGCGCCGGCUUGGGGAUGGCGCGCGGGCCAUGGUGGACGCCGCACACCCCGACAGCGAGCAGAUCAGAAGCAAGCAGUCACAGGUGGAGCGGCUGUAUCGCAGUCUGCAGGAGCUGGUGCAGGAGAGACACGUCGGGGCGGGGGGUCUGUGCAGGCUCUUCCACCUGCAGCGGGAGGUGGAGGACCUGCAGCAGUGGAUCUCUGAGAAGGAGGUCCUCGCCGUCUCCCCGGAGCUGGGCCAGGAUUACGAGCACGUCACGAUGCUGCAGGAGAAGUUCACGGAGCUGGCCCGAGACACGGAGGGCAUCGGGCAGGAGCGCGUCGACGCCUUCGGCAAAGCGGCCGAUGAGCUGCUGCGCGAGGGCCACCCUGACUCGCCCACCGUGCGCCAGUGGAAGGCCUCGCUCGACGCAUCGUGGCGCAAGCUGCUCGAGAAGAUGGCCACGCGCAAGCGGGGCCUGGCGGGCUCGGCACGGAUUCACAAGCUGCUGCAUGACGCGCGGGAGCUGCAGGGCCGCGUGCAGGAAAAGCAAGCGCAGAUCCCCGAGGAGUCGGGCCGAGACCUCAACCACGUGGCGUCGCUGCAGCGCAUGCACUCGGCGCUGGAGCACGACCUGCUGGCGCUCGGAGCACAGGUGCAGCAGCUGCGCGAGGAGUGCUCUCUGCUGUUGAGCGGCGACAUCGGAGACAAGGCGCCCGAGGUCCGCAGGCAGGAGGAGAAGGUGGUGGCCUCGUGGACCGCCCUGCAGGAGGCCUGCAAGGCCCACCGGUUGAGCCUCGCCCAGGCCAGCGAGAGGUUCCACUUCUUCAGCCUGGUGCGCGACCUCAUGCUGUGGAUGGAGACGAUCAUCCGACAGAUCAAGGCCCAGGACACCCCCAGGGACGUGUCUGCGGUGGAGCUGCUCAUGAACUACCACCAGGGAAUCAAGGCGGAGGUGGAAGCCCGCGACGAUAACUUCGCGGCCUGCAUUGACCUGGGAAAAUCGCUCAUCGCGAGGAAUCACGACGCCGCACAAGAGAUUAAGGAAAAGCUGGAGCAGCUGAACGAGAAGCGACAGACCAUGCUGGACAUGUGGGAUAAUCGUUGGGACUGGCUGCAGAUCUUGAUCGAGGUGUGCCAGUUUGCGAGGGAUUCAAACGUGGCGGAGGCCUGGCUGGUGAUGCAGGAGGCGUGCCUCUCCACCACGGAGCUGGGCGACAGCGUGGACGCCGUGGAGAAGCUGCUGAAGCGGCACGAGGCGCUGGAGAAGCUGGCCUCCACCUGGGAGGAGCGCUUCUCACUUCUGGAGCGACCCACCUCGUUGGAGAUCCGGGAGUUCCGCCGCCGCGAUGAGUUUGGCAGCCAGGACUCGCUGCACAGCAACCACGGCGUCGCGCUGCACAACGGAGCCGGACAGUCGGCCAUGGCUCCCGAAACCGACGCCCGCGGCGAUCUCCCACCGUACAAUGGCUUCUCAAACAGCUCGCCGCUCGACUCGCCGAGGCUGGGCUAUCGCUCACAAACCUACCAGAACUACCGGCCCAAGCGCCGGGGCACCUUAGAGCCAGCAAAGCCGCACGGCGUCGCGCAAGACUGAAGGCGGCUUUCCGCAUCAAAAGCCCUUCACCGGUUUGCUUUCAUCUGAUUUUCGUGAAAUGAAAUCAAAUGUACGGCAGCAGGUCGUUGCGGGUUUGUUUAGCCUGUUCCCCUCGGUAAACGAGCGUUCCACGUGGACCGUUCUAACGACGACAGCGCAGUCCCGACCCGUGCCGUAACCACGUCUGCCAAUCACACGGCGGAUAUCACGCAACGUCCUUGGCAGGAGGAGUAAUUUGACGCGGCACGUUACCUCUGCACGAGACGCCCAAGCAUUGGCGUCCUUAAUUUAACACGUACCUUUGCAUGAAAUUGUACAGAACGGUUCUGAAUUACCCGACGUAGUACUUGACGUCGGUGUCGUCGUACAAGAGCAACUCAUUGGCCCCUUGAGCACAAUCCAGCGUGAAAGUCAGACAGGUGAAAAUGGAAGCGCGCGAAAUUUUGGUCAAAACUACCAUUUCUCAACGUCGGGAUGAGGGAUUGUAACGUUGGCACUCGUCCCAUGCGCGACAGUUAACGUGAGUGAAUUCUGCAGCGUGACAGAAUUGUUUUAUUUUAUACCCUACGUGACUUUACCGAAAGAACCAAAGAGUAUGGAUCCUUGCAGUCACGAAAACUUCAAAUCCAGAUUGACAGAAUUCUCUAGGUCAUCGCAUCAAUGAUACCAUUGAUCCCCAAGGGGUACGAACCUACUCCAUGGUUCACCAUUCUGAUACGUGACCACAGCGGCCACCUAAUGCCUCAAUACAUCCGCCUGCCUCGGUGCAUGGCGGGGAGGGGGGGUGGUUGUUGUCACGAUGGCUUUUAACAAAUGCAGUUUUGCACAGGUGAGGGUUUCGUGUGGAUGGAGGUGCCGGGUUGGUGAGCGGUAGGGGCUGCAACGGUCCAUUGAUGAAUCGAUCGACUUUGAUUCUUGAGCUUGUGGUGAGUGAUAACAUCCAUCGAAUCGUCUAUAAGAAUCUAUAUUUCCUCUAUCUUUAAAUUGGUAAAAAAAUAAAAGAUUCUCGAAUAGACUCAUCGUAGGGGACGUUGGAGGGGUGGAGUGGGGUUGGCAAAUGGGGACAGGGAUGGUGAAUUGAUGAAUCGUUGCACCCCCAAGUGGCGAAUGGACACGCGCGCGUUCCUGUCCUUGCAUAGGACGGGGGUCGAUUUCUUUGCUUGUUCCCGCACUAGCUUCGCUGUGAGGCGGGGGUGUGGACUGGUUAUGCCCCGACCGGUUUUAUGUUCCAAUUAAGUUGUGUACGCAUGUCGCGUGCGAACUAACCCCCGUGCCGGCGUCUCGCCGUCCGAGAGCGCCAUCGCCCAUGACCCCCGCGCGGGCAAGACAAAAAGCUUCUUGCAGGGACAAACGCGUGGCGUCGAGCUGCAGGCCGGGCGAGCGCGUUCACAACAAUGCCGGCGAGCGCGCGAACGGGACGGCCGAAGUCCCCCGGGGGGAGGGGGGUGGUCAGCGCUCGUCGAGUCCUCGCGCACGCCACGUAGCACCCCGUCUCGAGCGCUUUGUAGGGGCGCCAGCGCUCCACCACGACGACAGGACGACUUUUGAAUCUUUUUAAGGCAGGGUGGGCUGGGGGGGGGGGGGGGCUCGUCUCUCGUGCGCGUUCACUCGGGAGGUGGAAACAAUUGUGAUGGUCUGUCGCAGGAGCACGCUGCGCGCAGGACGUUAUCGACGCUUUUCACGUUCAGCAUUGUACACGUCUGUCCCCUUUGUCUCGAGUGUUCAUUAUUCCGGUGCGUAAAGCAGCGACGGGGGGCACCGGCUUCCAGGAACACUGGCCGGGCACGUUACCGGCGUCCAACGACGAUGCCGCUUCAUCUGCCCAGAAACCACCACGUGCCAAUAGCAAGCAUUUACCUGCACACGCGGCCUCGACGCACGUGCACCUCCAGCCGACUCGGUAUACCUUGCAGCAGUGAACCCAUUCACCCCCAUGAGCAGUGCGUUUCAAGGCGAGCGUGCGAGUAGACCGAGCAAUUCUAAUCAAGUUUACCCUCGUGACAACUUGAUUUGAUUGGCUUUGUCGGGUUGGUGGAGGGUUAUAGUAAAAAAAAUGCAAAUUGGCAUCUUAACUUACACGAUGAUCUAACCCAAAGGAACCCGGCAAUGAAUGGUAAUGUUCGUCGCUAGAGCCGGCGACGUACAGAAUUAAGUUCAGUAUUACCAAGCACUGCGACCCCCACACAGCGACAGCAUCACCGCUGUGCUGCUGUCACUGUUAUUAUCGUCGUCGUUACUAUUAUACUCUACAUAGCCAUUAUACAGUUAAUGUAACCCUAUUCAUGUGCUCGCUAUCUUCUGUUAAGUCUCAGCUGCGACAGGUAAUUUCUCGUUCUCAAGAGUGAUAUACAUAAAGCGUUGGUUUAAAACAAAAACAUAUUUUGUUGCGUCGCACCUGGGUUUUACAUCGCUUCUGACGUGCACGGAUGGGCAGAGUAUGUGUGUGUGUGAUCCCCUGUGAAGUCCUUGCUGCCCUCUUGGGGUGUAAGUUCAAACUACUGGGAAAUAUAAAUUCAAUGGUUGUAGGCAGCCAGCCCACUCACUAACUACAUCGUUCUCGUGUUAUGACCAUGUUUGAGUUAUUCUAUUCUUAUGUUUGCCCUAUGUAGCCGUGUAAAUUGUUGGCAGUUGCGGGAUAUUGUAAGUCCAAAACCACCAAAACAUUUGAUUGCUUUCAUGUUUAAGCUUGCUCAAGUGCUGUGCAGGAUACACAGAAUAAAGGUCUCAUCAUAAUGCUUUCGGUCAACACAUUUGAGAGGACACUUUAACAAAACGUUGGCUACGUGCUUCAAACAAUAAAGCUUUUGACUAAA